GACAUAUGGCAUUAUUUUAGUUCCAUAGAAGGUGGUCAUACGGCAUAAUACGGGACAAACUGAUGGCUUAAAUAUGGGAUGAUUCCAUAUUAUAUGAAACGUUUGGCAAACCUAUGUAAAAUGCAAAAGAGCAUUGUCUCGGGGCCCAUUAGGAUAUCCUGGUGUUAGUCACUCUACCUGUGAGAACAGAGUGUCUGCUUUCGUUCUGCCUGUCUGUGACUGUUUAUCUCUGUGUUACUACUGUCUGUUUCAUAAUGUCAGUGUGCAGCAUACAUCAGAUAUAAAGUGUGUGUUUGACCCAGAGCAUCGCUCAUGUCUCUUGAAAUACCGGUUUCACUGGUUCUCCCAGGAAAUGAAUUUCGGAGGUUUUUUCUUGAGGUGUCAGUUCAGAGGUGGAAUGACAAGCCUACAAACGUCCUAAUUUUUCACGGAGUGAAUCAGUGAAGGGUGAUGACAUUUGUUUCAAAGCAGCUUUUGGCCGUUCUGGAUGAUCUAGUCACAGAUGAACUGAAGAGGUUUAAAUGGCACUUAAAGGAUCAUAAAGGUUUUUCAGCCUCUGAUCUGGAGAAGGCAGAUGCUCCUGACACAGUGGAUCUGAUGAAGAAGCGUUUCGGACCAGAAGAAGCUCUGAAGAUCACGGUGGAGAUCCUGAAGGAGAUAAAACAGAACCAUCUGGCUGAAGAGUUAGAGAAGAAACACAAGCAAGAUACAGCCCAGGCUGAGAGAAGUAUUGAAGAUCCUGCUCCUGCUAGAGUUGAAUCAAAUCCGAUCAAUGAAACGCUCACCAACAUUGUUCACCGGACCAGAAAGGAUUUCCAACAAUAUUCCCAUCAGCUCACUCUGGAUCUGAACACAGUGAAUAAAUGGCUCCAUCUUUCUGAGAGGAACAGAGUGAUUACAUACGCUAAAACAGUCCAGUCGUAUCCUGAUCAUCCAGACAGAUUUGAUGUGUACCAGGUGUUGUGUAGAGAGAGUGUGUGUGGACGCUGUUACUGGGAGAUUGAGUGGAGUGGAGAUGAUGGUGUGUCUAUAUCAGUGUCAUAUAAGAGCAUCAACAGGAAGGAAGAGAGUAGAGAGUGUUUCUUUGGACGUAAUGAUCAGUCCUGGAGUUUGCUCUGCUCUUCCUCCAGAUACUCAUUCAUACACAAUGACAUAUGGACUGAUCUCACUGUAGAGUCUAUCAUCAGUAGAAUAGGAGUGUUUGUGGAUCACAGUGCAGGAACUCUGUCCUUCUACAGCGUCUCUGACACAAUGAGACACAUCCACACAGUCCAGACCACAUUCACUCAGCCACUCUAUCCUGGGUUUUGGGUUCCUUUUGGAUCAUCAGUGAAACUGUGUUAAUGAAUCAAAAUAGAUUGAUGAGAAAUUCUACCAGUGGUGGAGGUAACAAAAUUACAUCUACUCACGUUACUGUAAUUCAAUUUUUUCGGGUACUUGUACUCUUUACAAGUGUUGUAUUUUUAAAGCUGUACUUUUACUUGUACUUAAAGGGGACCUUAUGCAAAAAUCACUUUUAUAAGGUGUUUGAACAGUUGUGUGGCUGCAGUGUGUGAAAACAACUAGCUUAUAAUAUUAAAAAUCCACCAAGAUUUUUUUUUUUUUAAUAAAACCAAUUAAAUCAUGAAAAGUCUCUCCAAAAGAACGGUUUCAGAUUCUUCUGUUCACGUCACUGAGGAUGAAAAGUCCCGCCCAUUUGUGAUGCUCUCUGCUAUAUUAGCAUAAACACAGCCCUGAGUGAGAAGCAGGAGUCUGCCAUUACUGGAGAUACAUACAAUGUCAGCGCCAAAGAGGCUUUACAAGUGUUGUGUUUUGGGAUGCACUAAUGAACAUAGGAGUCUCCAUAAUCUCCCCUCAUCUGAGCCGAGGACACUGUGGUUAAAUUUCAUUUUCGAAGGAAAUAUCCUGGGAAAAAAAAUGCUAACCUGAUUUCGACGAUCUCUCAGUGUUAAAGAAAAAUAAACACACACUUAACGUGCACUCUCAACUAGAUAGACCACUGCAAAGCUUAUUCCCACAAUAAACCAAAAAAACACGGGUUUUUUCUUCCGGAUUUCACACGACGUACACAACUUAUUAUAACUUAACUGCCACUCUGCACUCAAGAAAUUAAACUCGGGAAUAUUCUUCUGGGUGAUUUCACAAUCUAAAGCUAAUAAAACAAAUCAACGUAAAGAUAUAAGAAUAAAACACGGAAUCUCUCACGUGUGAUCCUCGUGCUAGAUCUCCUCCUCAUAAGAAACGGAAAAA